CUACAAAUUCUCCCACAAAUUAAUUUGUACAUACUUUCUGUAUUCCGACUUGUAAAUUUAAAAUAUCGUGAACACGUCUAAGCAAUUAUAUGUAUUUGCUAUGGUAUCUGUCUUUCACGGAUAAUCGGAUGUGUAUAAAAAUACAGCAUCUCACUGCUUUGCCGACUACAUGUUUUUCACGUGGGUACAUGUGGGUAGUAAAAUUAUAUCAGAAGAGAUGAACUAAUCUAAUGAAUAACAUGGUGAAGACAACGCUUUUAGGAACUGUAUCUUUUAUUGUAUAUAUUAUCGUGAAUAACUAAACAAUCAAAGGUAGAAGAUAUUAAUAAAUUUCGAAACGGAGAUGAAAUUAGUGAAUUUGUUUCGUGUUACCUUAGUAUGUUUUAUCGUGUUUAUUGAUAUUUCUGGGCAAAAUUUAAAAAAUCCGACAGUUUUAAUAACAAUUUUAGUACGUAACAAAGCACAUACAUUACCAUAUUUCUUAACCUUCUUGGAACAACUGACUUACCCUAAAGAACGAAUACAUCUCUGGAUAUGUAGUGAUAAUAAUAUUGAUAACUCAAUCGAAAUAUUAUCAGUAUGGAUAAAAAAUGAAAGGAGCAAGUAUCAUGGAAUUGAAAUAAAUUUUGAUGAAAAAUCGAACGGAUUCGAGGACGAAAAUGAAAUUGCCCAUUGGUCACCACAAAGAUUUUUACAUGUGAUAAAUUUACGCGAAGAGGCACUUCAUGCUGGAAGAAAUAUUUGGGCAGAUUUCAUUUGGAUGCUCGAUGCAGAUGUUUUUCUAACAAACCCGAAUACUCUUAACGAAUUAAUCUUGAAAAACGAAACUGUAGUUGCCCCGUUAUUGAAGUCUGAUGGGUUAUAUAGCAAUUUUUGGGCUGGAAUGACCAGUGAUUUCUACUAUUUACGAACAGAAAAGUAUGAACCUAUCUUAUUUCGGGAAAUAAAAGGAUGUUUCAACGUGCCUAUGAUUCAUAGCGCCGUUCUUAUAGAUUUAAGAAAACAUAUUUCGGAUCUUUUAACAUAUGAUCCAAAAAAUUUGAAUCAGUACAGCGGUCCUAUUGACGACAUUAUAACUUUUGCCGUCGGUGCUAAUAAUUCUGAUAUACCAUUAUUUAUUUGUAACGAUAAUAUUUAUGGCUUCAUCAUGGUUCCGUUGGAAGAAGAAGAAACGGUUACUGAAGAUCUACAAAGAUUGACCAAUAUUAAGACAGAAAUAUUAUCCGACAAUAAUUACCUUCCAUUGUCAAUGCAUCUCGAGCGAUUUGUACAGUAUCCUACCGAGGAUACAUUGCAAGUGGACAAUAUUUAUAUGAUAAACCUUUUAAGAAGGCCAGAAAGACGCGAGCGAAUGCACAAACUUUUUAAAGAACUUGGAAUUCGAGUAGAAACACAUGAUGCUGUUGACGGUAGGAUAUUAAAUCAGUCUGUUCUUGAGAAAUUGGGAAUAGAGAUAAUGGCAGGAUACACUGAUCCUUAUCAUAAUCGACCAAUGACUAUGGGUGAAAUUGGUUGUUUUUUAAGCCAUUACAAUAUCUGGAAUAAGGUAAUAGAAAAUGGCUUUAAAAGUAUUAUUGUCUUAGAAGACGACGUUCGUUUUGAACCGUUCUUCCGUCAAAAAGUAAAUUACAUUUUAAGAGAAUUAGAAGAUCUUCAAUUUGAGUGGGAUUUGGUUUAUCUGGGAAGAAAAAGAUUAGCAGAAAAUGCUGAAUCUUGGAUUGAUGGAUCAAAAUAUUUGGUACAUGCUGGUUACAGUUACUGGACAUUAGGAUAUAUUUUAUCUACAAGUGGUGCAAAGAAACUAAUAGAAGCAAUGCCGUUAAAACAAUUAUUACCCGUCGAUGAAUAUCUUCCUAUAUUAUCUGAUGUUCAUCCUAGGGAUGAUUGGAAAGUACAUUAUACAAAACGAAAUUUAAUAUUACUUUCCGCAUAUCCUUUAUUAAUUUAUCCGACGCAUUACACUGGUGAACAAGGAUACAUCAGCGAUACAGAAAAUUCUACGACUAUAUUUAACGACCAAAAUAUAAAUAAAUCGAAACGCGAAGAUCUAUGAAUACCAUAAACAUUGCCAUAAACAAAUAGAUAUAAGAAAUAUUUAAGUAGCUUCUUCUGCUUUAGCAAAAGCAUUUUUACUACAUUGCAUUUAUACUACAUUUGCAUUUAUACUACAAGAAUAUUCUUCGUGUAGAAAGUGAUACAUAUAAUAUGAGAUUCAAAUAAUAUUUUGUAUUUCUUUUUUAUGUAAUUUGCUUGUAUUUAUAUAUUGAUACUACAUAUAUGUUAUAAUACAUAGUGUAUAUGUAUA